CGAUUACCGAUAUUGUGUUGUACGUACACGUGCGUGAUAAGCCGUGGUGUUAAGAAAUAUUGUGAAAACUUCAAAUUUCGCGGAAUUACGACUGUUUUACGAUCGAAUUAAUGAAAUGUAAAGUAUUUAAAUUUACAAUCACGCUCGCAUUAGGCCCGUUGUCAGUAUAUGUGCGUUAUGACAAGACUGUGAGAACGGAAAAAUGGAUAAAUUCGUGAAACACGUCAAGAGACCGUGGAACGGUAGCUACGAAAAACCAUCUGCAUCGUCCUCAAAAUUUAAAGACAUUCCGGAUUUCUACUUUCCAGACAGCAGCCGAUCUAAUGGCUCAAACAACAUUAUCUCCAACGACGAUAUGAUGGAUCAUCCGAUUGUGCCCGAAACCCCUCAGAAAUCGUGUGAACCAGAUUCGGCGACAAUGACUUUUCCUGAAAUGACUGAUUACUGGACAAAAAGAACAGGAAAGCCAGAUCACAUAUAUGUCACUAGACGUCUAUUAUUUGAUGAUGAAAUAAAUACUGAUGACCAAGGGAAAAAACGCAAAGAUAUGGUAAUCAAUAGUAUGGACACUACCAGCGAAGAAAUGAUUACUCUUUUUGAAAAAAAGAUGACAUCAGUGGCGGUGGCGGCGGCGGCGAAAAACUCUCGUUUUCGCAGCAUCGUGGAAUCCAUAUCGGGUCGCGGGUUCGUCGUGACCAAAGUGCUCGAUCGGCCAUCGCAGUCAUGCUGUUCCAAUACCGGCACUGAAGAAGAGGACAGCGUCAGCGUGUUCGAAUGCGUGUCGGUACUCGAGGGCAUCGUUUACUGCGUACUUGCCUCGGCCACGGCGCACCGCGACAAGAGCGCCUCAGCCACCAUGGCCGCGGCCAGAACGUUGUCGGCCGUCGGCCCGCACCCGAACAUCGUUGCGUUCCACUCGAGCUGGUCGGACGGGCGUUUCCAUUACGUGCAAACAGAAAUGUGCCGGGAUAACCUUUGGUCGUCGCCGUCAGGUCCGUUGAAAGGCGCGGCCGAUUGCCGUACGGUACUGGAGCACGUGGCGUGCGCGCUGCACUAUCUGCACGACUGCAAGGGGUACGCUCACAACCAGGUGAACGGCGAGAACGUGUACCCCGUGGCCGACGGCGACCAUGUCGUUUACAAGCUGGGCGGCUUCGACGGAGCGACACGGCUGUCGCACGUGGACGCGGCCCGCGCGUCGUUCGCCGACGUCAAGUCGCUGUGCUCCACCGUGUCGCUGCUAGUGGAGGGAUGCGGUGAUGGUGACGAAGACCUGCUGUCACUGCGGUCGUACCUAUCAUACGUCAUCCGGAAAAUCGACUCCGUGAGCGAUGUUGUUGGAUGGACGGCCGCGGCCGAUGUGAACGCGUUUGCCGUGUGGCGGUGGUGCUGCGCGGCUCGGCAACAACAAGGGCAGCGAUCUCAGCAAUUGAUGAUGCCGGUGGUGUAUGGAAAUAGCUGUAGAGAGAACGACGGUGGACCGAUGGAUACAGCCGAAGCUAUACCCGCGACGUUCAGCGACGGGGCUCCGCAGCAGGCAAGCUCGUGGAGUGCGUAGGCCGGUUUAAAAAUGUAUCCGAAGAAAAGCACCGGACAUGACAGUACAAAAGUAAAAAAAAAAAUACUUAUGAUUGUUAAAAAGGUUAAAUUUUUAUUUCAAGUUGAUGUUUUAUGUUUUAUUUUAUUAUGCAGUUACUUUCCGUUUUACUAGUUAUAAGAAACAUUUGAUUGACAUGAAAAGUAUACAGAAGUAUAAUUGCUUUAAAUUUUUUUUUCAUGUAGAAACGAGUUAGUUCCUGUUACGAUAUUUUUUUUUAUUGUUGAAUGAUGUA